ACACGCUCCGAAGUUACAGCCAGCUGCCUUAUGUGGACAAGGAGGCACUGGUGAUGUGUCUUGCUGUGGCCUCCAAGCAAGCUGAACACAAGAAACUAGUCACGGAUGCCCACUCAGCUGUGCGAGAACUGUGCACCAACACACACCUCUUCUUCCUCUUCAUCCAGAUAUCUAAGAUGAUAUCCAAGAAGUCUGGACAUUCUGGAUGGGGACGUGGUCUUCGCCGUGCUGUUGGUGAAUGGUACCGAAGUUGGGAACCAAAACGGCUGGCUUUGGAGGUGACUAGACACUUCAGUGCCCAUGGAUGGACUCACCGCGAUGUGGUCAGGCUUGCUCAUUUGAAGCUGAAGGAGAUGCCUCUAGGGAGCCAAGUAGUUCUGCACUAUGUUUUUAUGGGACUGGACAAGACUGUUCAAGAAUACACAGGAAAAGAUAACACCAGUGAACUUUUAGAACUCAUGCAAGUGUUAGACAAGGAUGGUCACCCAAAGGAUAAGGAACAACAGUGGGAUGUAGAUCAAGUGAUCAACAAGGUGAACAAGCUCCAUGAAGUCUACAGUGAAGUGACAUUGGAUGAUGUACCUUCACAGAGCCUCAAAUCUCCUGAGGUCUGGUCUCACAUGCUGGACAAACUGGAUGGAGAGUCAGCUGUAGCUAGCGUGAACCGCAUGGCCAAGGCAGGUCUGCUGAGCCAGAGUGCAGAUAAUACCAACGUCCUUCCCAAUAAGCUGGUUGACCGCUUAACUCAUUCUGAUGUUGCUUCGAGCCCUGUGACUCCAGCUGUUACUCUCAUGGCUCUUCAUGCUUAUGAACACCCAUCCAGAUUCUCCAGUGAGGCCUGUGGCAAAGUGUAUGAGAAGAAGUCCUGCAAGUCCCAGAGAGCCCCUACGAAAGCUCCCCUCAAGAAGUCAACCAAAGUAAACCAGAGUGUUGUUGAUGCUCUUCACAAGCUCAUUGCUGGGAGUUCAAAGAAUAUUGAAAAGACAGCAAAGAAGUUAGCAAUUGUUGUUGAUGUUCGAGGCUACAUGAGCACAAGCCAUGUGUGGACAGGUAACCCAGAAGGCAAGGGGGAGGUAACAGGACAUGAAGGAGCUGCUGUAAUUGUACUCACCCUCACUUCUGGUGGAACUUGCCCGGGCGUGAACACCCUGGCCUUCUCUGGCACUGGAGUAGCUGAAGUGCCUGUUACAGAGGGAAUAACUCUCUUGCAGCUAGUGGAAAAAUUCAAGGAGACGGUGAUUGGUGAGGUCAGUGUUGAUGCUGCUCUCAAUUGGGCCCAAGAGAAAAAUAUGGAGACUGUUGUCGUCAUAACCCACAAGCUUGACCAGCAGGCCAUCACUGCUGCUGCCCAGUCCCUCAAGCAGAUCAAUGAUAAGAACAACACACAAAUGAGACUGGUGUUGUGUGGACUAGGGACAAAGCAUCUGCAUACCCAGCGAACAGAAAACUUCCUCCUUGUGCUUGGAUUUGAUCAGCGAACACCCAGCAUCAUCAGAGCCUACCAUGAGAGGCUCUUUUAAGAUGGGGACGAUGUUAGCCUUCCUUUUUUUUUAUCGCAGGAGAGAGUUGCUGUGACCAGCAGUUGGAGGGAGAUCUGAAUCACAGUUGUUCCUUGCAGAUCAACCUCAGCUCUUAAGGCAUGGGAUUAUGACUAGCAAAGUUUAUAGUAGGCCAUUGUGAGUGAGGUUGUUGGGCAAUCAAGGCAUUUGUGACUUUCUCAGCAAACUGUAACAAUAGAAAGAGGCCUCAUUCUUGAAGAGUGCGAUCUCAUUUUCAGAUUUAAGAUUCAGGAGAUCUUGUUGCGCCUUUGAAUCCAAGUUUUUCAAGUAUAAGGGGUUCAGUGCAGUGCUUGAAAAGCAUAGGAUUUUCAAGUGGAAUUAACUGCAUGGUCCUUAUGACAAAGCAUAGCACAGACUGAGCUAGAUUUUUGGUGCCUUCACAAAAUUUUUCCAGAUAUUUAGUGCUCGGUCAUUUUGUAGAAUCAUUUUCUCAUGUGAAGAGUGAGUAGGACAAUGUUUUGAAAGAUCUGAAAGUAUUUUGUGACCAACACAUUUGUCUAUAAAAUGUACCCUAAUAUACCUGAUAUUUGCGGGUUGAACUUCUUGUUCUGAACUCCUGAGGGUAGCAUAUAUUGGUCUAGAAACUUUUUAAAAUAAAGAUUAGCUUUAAUGAUGCUAAAUAGCUAUGUACCAUAGUCUGUUAGGUACAAGGGCUCAUUAUGCCAUUUUAGAAUAACUGAAAUCUAGAAGGUGAUAUUUUUGAGUAAUUAGUGCUGGUAAUAUCCAUCCACAUAUGUAGGCAGAUGUAAGAGUUAUGACUGCCAUUUGAUUUAAGUAUAGAAUUUUAUUCCAGAUAUAUUUUGGAGAAAAGUGUACGUGAAACUUGUACAAAAUUCCAGUACAUGUUAAGUGUAUUCUGAACUACAAGAAGAUCUACCGCCAGAUCUUAUUGUUUACAGUUUCCCUCAUUUCUACUAACCUUUUCUGUAGCUCUUUCAGGACCCAAUCUUACAAAAGUGACAUGAUAUUCAGAGCUGUAUGUUAUUAUAAAGGUAAAUUGAUGCUUGUGAAAGACUUUGUGGUAAGAUACAAACAUGAAGGUAGCUCCUUUUAUUAUUGACAUGCAAAUUUGAAUUCAUUUUUUGUUUAUUUCUAGAGUCCUGUCCAUCUAGGAUGCUGAGUGGUACACAUAUCAUUGAUGCUUCACAUGUCAUUUGGAGUCUAGGAAAUAUUAAAAUAUGACAGGGCUAUUAUAGAAAAUCUCAAUUUACAAAAGAAUAGAUUUAAAGAACAUUUCAUUAUAAAUACUGUUGCAAGGUCUACAUUUUUUAUGACAAUCAAACCACAGAAGAAUUUUUUUUUUAUAUGAGAAAUCCAAGUUGUUAGGCUGGGAACUACAAUAGAGUAGAUGUUUUUUGAAAAAUAUAUAUCAGUCUAUGCCACGAUAUUGGUUGACUUUUGUAAGUGGAGACAAUAUUUAGGAACAAUCAUAUAAUGUGUGACUUAUCUAUAUGAAAAAUGACAGAUCUAGAAAGAUUGUCUUAUGAUAUCAAGUGAUGUAAUUUGUGGCAGUAUAAAUCAAGCUUCGAAAAGUGUGAAUUGUUUCUGGUGUAGAAAGCUGCAGACUCCAAGGGCAGUAGUGAGUGAUGAACUUCAUUUGUGAUGGAUGAAAAUACUCCCUUUAAUUUGUGUUUAGGAUUUUUGGUGUAGUUAUGGAAAUAAUUGUGUGUAGCGUGUAAGUAUUUAGUGGAAAGAAUGAAAAAUAUUCUUGUGCUAAUGAUGUUGAUGGAUAAUGGAAGCUAUAGUAACUGUCAUUGUCUGUUGAUGAGGUGAUCUGAAAGUAAUAGAUACAGAAAAUGGUGUGACUUAAUUUAGUUAUAUAUUUUUUAGUUGCCAUUUCAAUAAAAUCCAAUGAAUUCUAAUUAGUGGCGUUUAGCAGAUGGUGUCAGUUAGUAAAUUUGAAGUUAAACCUGCAGACUGGCUGAAGUUCUGCUAGAGGUUGGUAAUCCAUUGUGUUAAAAAAAGAUGAAUUCAAGCAAAAUCUAUGGUGUUGUACUAGUCAUGUAAAAAGGGAAAGAUGGAAACUGUGCAGCAUUUUCCCUUUUGCUCACAAGUUGCACAUAAUUCAUCUGUUUCUUGUGCUGAGUUUAAGUCAGUAUUUUAUUUCGAUUUUAUCUGUUUUGCAAAGAAUAAUAAAUUGAAUACUUCAGACUGAGUGAGAACUAUAAAGGAAAUGACUUUAUGUACUGGGAAGUGUUUAAAAGAGGUUUUCCUAUGAAACUGCACUUGGUGUCAGGAUUGAAUUUUUAUGGUAACUAAGGUUUGAAUGAUAAAAGUAGUCUAAGUUUUAGAAAAUUGAGGAAGCUAAUGUUCAGAGGGAAUUUUAUUUUGAUGAAGAAACCAAAGCUGGUAAUUAGUAUUCUUUAAAAGGGAAUUUGAUCUGUAAAUAUUUUAUUUGAAUAAUACUCGUAAUGCAGAGAAUUUUUUCUUCUUAAUAUGGAAAUCUGUAAAGGGAGUGAUAUUUCCAAUUUAUGAAUAUAAUGGCAAAAGGAAUUAAACCCAGUGGAAAGCAGUUGAUACCAUCACAUCUUCAUAUGUCAGAGCAAGAACACUUUAUGAAACCGUGUCUGUUAUGCCCAUUUCUGAUUACUCCUUCAUUCAGCAUACUAUUUGCUUGAAGACACAUGACAUAAUUCUUCCUGCUCAAGCUUUAGUGUUAAAGUACCAUCCAAUGCACCAGAGGAAAGUCAGGAAUACAGAAAGAGCAAUAUAUUAACUUGUUCUGGAUUCAUGAAGUGAUUUGAUAUGGAUAUGGAACAUCCAUGAGGUUAGGUUGUCUCUUGUUUCCAGAUCCUAUUUUAAUGGAUUUUUAUGGUGCUGUAAAUGUGUGUUAAGGCCAUCCAGGUAACAAUCCUGAUAUCAGAUAAUUGUUCUUUGAAUAAUGUGUAUAUGCUGAAUAUUUGUGUAUAAGAGUAACACUUUAUGGGAAGAGGGAGUCAUAGAACUCAAGUGAUUAACAAAAAAGGAUGGAAAGGCAUUCCUCAAUAAUGUCUGCACUUGAAGAUGUUGCAAGUAAGCAUUGUGAAUCUCGGAUAAUUUAUGGUUCCAACCCAGCUCACUCCAUCACUUACCUUAGGCUGAGAAAAGAGAAGAAUGAGAAAGUCAUGUAAAAAUGGAAGUGUUUAAAAGGGAAACAUACCAGUUGUGCUCAUAAAAUGUAAGUAUUGAAACUAAUCAAACUGGGAAAAAGUGCAAUUUUUUGUGAAGAGUAAUUAUGUUUUUGAGGAUUCAAGGUGAGUAGAAAAGGUUGAUUGUGUAAUUGGCCUCAUUGGAAAAAAAAUAAUGGUAGCAAAAUAAUAUCUCCUGAAUAGGAUUAUUAGUCAGUAUUUAUCAAGAUCUGAUACUUGAUUAGGCCAAUAGAAAUAUGUCAUAUAGUCCCUUAUUUAGUACAGAGCUGAGGCUAUCCUGUAAGACAAUUGAAUGAACUUUUGCAUUUGUUCAGAACCAUCACCCAAUGUGAUAAUUUUAUUGAUGGGACACCACUCGUCAAUUGCAUGCCUGUGGGAUAUCGGUGGAAAAUUUAAACUAAAACUUUGUGAAAUGCCAGAAAAACUCAGAGAUGUUACUGAAAUAUCUAUUGUUUUUGAAUUAUGCCUGGCAAAAGAAAAAGCUUUAACCUGUUUUGAAUUUCUUGUUGUAUUCAUAAUAAGAAAAUGAUUUGCAUUUUAUAUGAUUUCUUGCAUUUCUUGUUUUUGUUUUAAGCAUUUUAUGUUUUGUGUUGUAUUUUAUAUAUUCUCUUUGGUAUGUAUUAUUUUAAAUCUUUAUGAAUCCACUUGGUUGCAUGUUUUGUGUAGUAGCAGCAUUUUUAUUGCUUUGUAAUAUUUAUGUCAAGGCUUUACCAACUUUAUUUUUUUCUUUAUCAUUUUUAGUCUCUUGUAAGGAGAAUGGUGAGUAAUAACUAUUGAAAUGGGCCAGAUACACAACAUGGUAAAUAUAAGGCAUUUACGAGCAUGGCAUUUUUUUGUGUAUUAAGAUAAUUUGGUAUAUUAAUACUACGUUUAGUCAGAUUCUCUCGUCAUGUUCGUUGUUAAUCAAAUGAUGAUGCCUCUAGUCUUCAGAUUGCAUUGCAGUUUUAUGUUUCCGCUUUAGCUUAAAAAGAAAAGCAAGAAAAAUAUUUUUGGGUUUACAAUCAUAUAUUUCUACAAAGGAUUAUAUAUGGUGUGUUUUCUCUCAUUUUAAAAUUUUGUUUUGGUGAAUUAGACAUUGUAAAAAGAUAUCCAACAGUUUUGAUAUAUGUAUUAGAGGAUAUUAGGGUUAUAAAGUGCAGGUUUGAAAAAUGUUCUUGUUCACAAAUUGUGAGUGAGUAAACAUAUUUGAAAAUUGUCUGUAAAAUUACAUGUUAAUUCCCAAGUGAAGCUGAAGUAAUUGUACAUAUUAUCAAAGAAAUGCAGGCAAAUAUGGAUUAAUGACGUGGACAUUUCGUCUUUUUUCCUUUUUCCGUUAAUGAAAAUCGUAAAAUUUGCAAGCUUUAAAUAUGGUGUAUUAUUAAUUGUGUAUUUGAAAGAAAGUAGGAAGAAAUGAGAGAUAAGGUCUCUGGCAGAAAGGCACUUAGGUAUAGAUUAUUCUCUGGGAAUAACAAACACAAGAGAAACCCUAUUGUUCAAUGCUGUGUGUAAGUGCAAGCAAUCAUCUAUGUUACGUAUGCAGGAAUAUAUAAUAUAUUGUCUU